GUUGUCACGCGUGCUGCGCCAUGGAUCCUGCUGCCGGGAGCUGUGUUGAGAGCACAGGCAAGCUGGGCUGUUGCACUAUGUUGGCAUUUCUCUUUCAAGACUAUAUCCCAUUCAAAGGAUGAAGAGAUGACAGAGAGUGCAGUGACCUAUGAUGACGUGCAUAUUGACUUCAGUUUUGAAGAGUGGGCUUUGCUGGAUCUUUCCCAGAAGAGUCUAUACAAAUCUGUGAUGCUGGAGACCUACAGGAACCUCACUGCUAUAGGCUACUGUUGGGAAACCCGUCCUAUUGAAGAAGGGUGUCAAAGUUCUAGAAGACAUGGAAGACAUGAAAGAAUUUGUACUGGAGAGAAACCCUCUGAAUUCACUCAGUGUUGUAUAGCCUUUGCAUGUCAUAGUCAUCUUCAAAAGAUUGAGAGUAAUCAUACUGGAAAGAAACCCUAUGAAGGUAUUGAAUAUGGUGCAGCCUCUGCACAUCAUACUGGAGAGAAAUCCUUUGAACAUAAUCAGUGUGGCAAAACCUUUGCACAACACAGUCAUCUCCAAAAUCAUAAAAAAAUACACAGUGGAGAGAAACUUUACAAUUGUAAUCAAUGUGGUAAAGCCUUUGGACAUCACCGUUAUCUUCAAAAGCAUAAAAGAAGACAUACUGGAGAGAAACCUUAUGAAUGUAGUCAAUGUGGUAAAGCCUUUUCCCAGACCCAAAAUCUCCAAAUACAUAAAAGAACACAUACUGGAGAAAAACCUUAUGAAUGUCAUCAAUGUGGUAAAGCCUUUUCCCAGCCCAGUAAUCUCCAAAUACAUAAAAGAACACAUACUGGAGAGAAACCUUAUGAAUGUUAUCAAUGUGGUAAAGCCUUUUCCCGCCCCAGUAGUUUUCAAAAACAUAAAAGAACACAUACUGGGGAGAAGCCUUUUGAAUGUCAUCAAUGUGGUAAAGCCUUUUCCCACUCCAGUAGUUUUCAAAUACAUAAAAGAAUACAUACUGGAGAGAAACCUUAUGAAUGUCAUCAAUGUGAUAAAGCCUUUUCCCGGUACAAGCAUUUCCAAAUACAUAAAAGAACACAUACUGGAGAGAAACCUUAUGAAUGUAUUCAAUGUGGUAAAGACUUUGCAAGUAACAGUCAUCUUCAAGUACAUAAAAGAACACAUACUGGAGAGAAACCCUACAAAUGUAAUCAAUGUGGUAAAGACUUUAUAAGUAACAAUCAUCUUCAAGUACAUAAAAGAACACAUACUGGAGAGAAACCUUAUGAAUGUAAUCAAUGUGGUAGAGCCUUUGGACGUCACAAUCAUCUUCAAGUACAUAAAAGAAUACAUUCUGGAGAGAAACCUUAUGAAUGUAAUCAAUGUGGUAAAGCUUUUACACGUAACUAUUAUCUGCAAGUACAUAAAAUAACACAUAGUGGAGAGAAACCUUAUGAAUGUAAUCAAUGUGGUAGAGCCUUUGGACGUCUCAGUUAUCUUCAAAGGCAUAAAAUAACACAUAGUGGAGAGAAACCUUAUGAAUGUAAUGAAUGUGGUAAAGCUUUUGCAUUUUACAGUUAUCUCCAAGCACAUAAAAGAACACAUAUUGGAGAGAAACCUUACAACUGUAAUGAAUGUGGUAAAGCCUUUGUACGUCAAAGUUAUCUCCAAGUACAUAAAAGAACACAUAGUGGAGAGAAACCUUACAGCUGUAAUGAAUGUGGUAAAGCCUUUACAAGUCACAGUUAUCUCCAAGUACAUAAAAGAGCACAUAGUGGAGAGAAACCUUACAACUGUAAUGAAUGUGGUAAAGCCUUUACAAGUCACAGUUAUCUCCAAGUACAUAAAAGACUACAUAGUGGAGAGAAACCUUACAGCUGUAAUGAAUGUGGUAAAGCCUUUACAAGUCACAGUUAUCUCCAAGUACAUAAAAGAGCACAUAGUGGAGAGAAAUCUUAGGAAUGCAAUGAAUAUGGUAAACCCUUUGCAUUUCAAAGUAGUCUCGGGAUAUGUAAAAGAAGACAUAAUGGAGAGAAACCUUAUAAAUGUAAGCUAUGUGAUAAAGAUUUUGCACAUCUCAGAAGUCUCCAGAGACAUAAAAGAACACAUACUGGGGAGAAUCUAUACAAAUAUAAUAAAGGUGAUAAAGCCUUUGCUUCAAAAUCCUGAGACAAAAUUGUAUCACAGAGAAACCCUAUAAAUGUACUGAGUGUGACAAAAUUUUGGCACUUCAUGGUGGUCUAUACAUGAGUAGAACUUUUAGUGUAUAAUUGGUCUGCUAAAGCCUUUGUAUAUCACAGUAAUCUUUGAGAACCUGAAAGAACUCAUACCUGUGGGAAUCUGACUAUAGUGGAUUUGGCAAUACCAUUAGCCAGCACACUUACGUUCAAUUACACAAGAUUAUCUGUUGUGGAGAAAAAAAUAUCUGACAAAUGUCAACAAUCUGUUCAAGCAUUAUGACAUCUCUAUUUUGUUUUUACCUGCAAAUUCAUGUGGUGAAAGCUCUGCAGAUUUAAGUAAGUUAACCCUUUUAGAUUUCAUGCUUCAGCUACAUGAAAUAACUCAUCUGUGUGUAGAACUUUCUGGAUGUGUAAUAGUGCCUUUUCUGUUGCUGUGAUGAACAUAAUGUCCAAGCCACCUUAGGAAAAAGUUUAAACUUCCCAUGGUUCCAGAGUGAUACAAGAUCAUCAUGCAAGUGGCAGGGCUCCAAGUGUGAGGCUUAGCAGUCAAAGCAGCCUUCAGCAUGAAGCAAAGAGUGGGAAGUAGAAAUGGUGUGUGAAUGGAGACUCUCAGUCCCAUUCUUCCAGCACAGUUUUAUUUUUUAAAUCUUCCUGCAUGAUAGAGCCAACUGUGAAGGAUUAAUUUCUCUGACUUCAAGCUGAUAUGCUUACCUCCUAUUACAUGAACCAAUUCAAGAUGAGGAAAAACUAUAAGCUUUUAAAUGCCUAAACACCUGUGUUAUAUGCAUGAAUGUUUAUGCAAGAAAAAACAUUCAGGAGUGAAAAUUUGUUUAAAGAUUUAAUUUAAUUUUAAUUAUGUGAUAUCAUUGUAUCUUUGUGUGGGUAUAUGCAUUUUAAUGCUGGUUUCCAAGGUUAGACUUGAGGAUCUUCUUGUAGCAGGAAUUACACAGGUAGUUGAUAUGUGAUGUCCUUCUUUAUAUGUGUUACUUUUAUUGGUUCACAAGUAAAACUGCUUUGGCCUAUGACAGGGCAGAAUAUAGCCAGACUGGACAUAUAUAUAUAUAUGAGAGAGAGAGAGAGAGAAGGUGAAGUCAGGGAGAUACAUGCUGAAACUUUCUGGUAGACUACAGCCUCAUGGUGAUACACAGAUUAAUAGAAAUUGGUUAAUUUAAGACAUAAGAGUUAGUUUAUAAUGAGCUUGAGCUGAUAGGCCAAGCAAUGAAUAUUGUAAUUAAUGUAGUUUCCAUGUGAUUAUUUGGGUCUGGGUACCCGAGAAAUGAACAAGCAGCCCCUGUCUACAGGUAGUUGUCAAAAAUCUGGCCUUGGUCCUGGGAGUGAACUUGUUAUAACUGCUCUGCUGAUCUCUAGCCUUGUAAAUAUCAUCUUGAUAUCAGGAAAUGUGUAAGAACUCAUAGAAGAGAAAAGCCCUAUUUGUGGAAAUGAUUUUGUAAAAACAUCACAGUUGUCUUCACUUUCAAGAAAUAAAAAUCCUGUUUCAUCUCUUUUUCAUUGUAGCCUUGAAGUAAGUAAUUAAUUUACCAUGUUCACUCAAGACUGAUGGUUUUUAUUUUGAAAUAUUUGGGGUAGACAUUAAAAGUGUGGGUUUUUUUUGGUGUGGUCAAUUGAUUUAAUAAAGUUUAUUUUGUGGUCCUCA